GCUACGUCAGCGUUGCCAGCGUGGAGCGGCAUGAUACCAGGAAGUAGCACAAUUCAAUUGACUAUACAAAUAACGAAGAGAAAGGGUACCCGAGGUGAUUUUCGGUGCUAUUUGGAUUUCCGUCCCUAAAAUACACCGCACGGGGACACGGAGAGUCCCUGCGACUAGGUUAUUAACGCCGCAUGGAGAAGCCGCCCGUGAAGAUGAUGGACCCUACGCUGGCUGAAAUGGGGAACCAUCUUUCUGAUGCAAUGAAGAUCUUGGAAAGUGGGAAAUUGGAAACCGAACAGGGCCAGGAAGGAAGAAAAAUGAGCUGGAAAGAGAUUCCAGGACCGUUACAAGGAGAUGGACAGGAUGUUGUCAGCAUUCUUCAGCUUGUGCAGAACCUGGUGCAUGGAGAUGAUGAAGAGCAGGGUCACCGCAGGAUGCAGUAUGUCGGAGAGCAGGGACACAUGGCUCUGUUGGGACACAGUCUGGCCGCAUAUAUUUCUGUCCUGGAGCGAGAGCGAUUGAGAAAACUGACCACCCGCAUCCUGUCAGACACCACUCUCUGGCUCUGCAGGCUUUUCAGAUAUGAAAACGGCUCCGCAUAUUUCCAUGAAGAUGACCGUGAGGGGCUGGUGAAGGUGUGUCGGCUGGUGAUGAACACUCACUAUGAGGACUUCACCACUGAGGGCUUCACAGCACUCAGCUCCAAACAUCCCGUCAUUUACCAGAGUGCUGCUUGCAGACCUGGCCUGGGACAACAUCUCUGCAGUCAGCUGGGACUUCCUCUGUCUUCCCUUUGUAUUGUGCCCUGUAACACCAUGUUUGGCUCCUUGCACCAAAUGGAUGUUGCGUUGCUUGACAAGCUCGUCAAAGAUGAUCGCGAUUCUGGCAAGCUUCCUCUGCUGUUGAUAGCGAACGCUGGAACGCCAGGUGCAGGUCACACAGACAAACUCAGUCGACUGAAAGAGCUCUGCGUGCAGUACAACAUGUGGCUCCAUGUCGAGGGGGUUAAUUUGGCAACACUUGUUCUUGGUCAGGUCUCCUCCACUGUCACGGCAGCGACCAAGUGUGACAGUAUGACUCUAACCCCAGGCCCGUGGUUGGGUCUGCCAGCUGUGCCUGCUGUCACUCUAUACAGACAUGAGGAUCCAGCUCUGUCUCUGGCCGCAGGUUUGACCUCCAGUCAGCCGGUGGAGAAGCUUCGGGCUCUUCCUCUCUGGCUGUCCCUUCAGUACCUCGGGCAUGAUGGGAUUGUAGAGAGGAUUAAACACGCCUCACAGCUAAGUCAACAGCUGUUGGAACAUUUGAAGACACUCGCUUCAAUCAAAACCUCGGAUAUCCUUGACAGUGAGGUGUCUCUCCUCGAGGCUUUGCGCAUGGUGGAGGAUGAACUCAAUUCUCCAGUGGUGGUGUUCAGGUUUUCACAUGAAAACAGUGCUCCUUCAAGUGGAGGAUCGGUAGAAGGAUCUUAUGCAGGGGAGAGAGAUAUCCUUGAUGCCUUUAACAGAUGGUUGGGCGAUCAGCUGGCAGAGCAGGUUCCCCUCAGUGGUGUGGAUGUGGUGGAGCUGGAGGAUGAAGGCACAUGUGUUCGUUUCAGCCCUCUCAUGACCGCUGCAGCUCUUGGCACUCAGGAAAAUGAUGUGGCUGCACUGGUGGAGAAGCUGGCAGAGAUGAUUCCAGUGCUGUGCUGCACGCUGCGCCUCAGGCAGGACUUCAGAGAUGAGGUGCUGCAGCAGGCCUCACUCUCAUACAUCGAGGAUCUCAACUGGCCAGGUCUCGGAGUUGUGAGGUUUGAGCCCAGAACCACAGACCUGGAUGAAGACAAAAGACAAGACAGGGUGGAGAAGAUCAACAGUGACCUGCUGAAGAAACUAAUGGAGCUGGACACAGAUCUCAUCUUCUCUGGUGGUCCUGAGUUUAGUGAAGAGAAAAACUGCAUAUUUAUUGGAAUUGCAACAGAAGACCUGGAUGUGGCAGAAUUGGUGGAAACUAUAAUGUCUUUAGGAAGAGACAUUGAAGAAAGUGGAAAGUUGUUUGAGAACAUGACGGAGGUAGUGAGAAAAGGCAUUCAGGAAGCUGAACUACAGCUUCAGAAAGCAAAUGAAGAAAAACUUAUGGAGGAGGGCGUACUUCGACAAAUUCCUCUGGUGAGCUCUGUGCUAAACUGGUUCUCCCCGGUCCAGGCCUCUGUCAAAGGAAGAACGUUCAACCUUGCUGAAGGUUGUCUGGACAGCACAGAGCCGGUUUAUUCCAUAAAAGCCCAGAUGAGUAAAGAAGAUUCACCUGAUUCCCCCAAGUCUAACACCAGACGCUUUCCAGGCCAGAAGCUCUUCCGGCGGCCCGGAGCAGGAUCAGACUCCAUCAGUGAGACCAGCUCUGUCAGCCAGCUUGAAGAAUCCUUCAGGGAAACUCUACACUCACAGGCCGCCGAUGAAGCCGAGGUCCCGCAGGAACGUCCCGCUCACAUACUAGAGGAAACCGCUUUAGCGGACCAGCGAGUACCAGAGGGACAAGAGACAGAGAGCGUGGACACCCUCAGAUAAGACCACUCCAAAAACAAAAAGAGAUGCUCUAUAUUAAUGAAAAAAAUAAAAUGCAUCCACGACCUCGAUGCCUUGAGCAAACCACUCUCGAAAUGAAGAAGCAGCUUUAAAAGCAAAAACACUGGAAUUUUGUGAAAAUGAAAAUAACGUGUGAGCGUAUCAUCUCCUAUUAUUCGUUAUAAUCAGUUGCACAUUUCGUUUUUUUUAUUUGGUUAAUCAUAUAUACAUUAUAGUGUCUCCUUCCAGUUUUUUUUAUGUGCACUGCCAGUGUGUUCUUCCAUUGUGGAUGACAUCCUUUAAGUUACAUUUUUUGAGGCUUAUCCUUGUCCAUCCGUAGGCCUGUCUGACAGGUUUUUUCUGAUCCAUUUCCGCUUGUUAUUUACACAACGAAAGGGCUAUUGUGGCCUUACCGUCAUGGUUAUUAAUGUCAAAAUGUCUUGUUUGCCAAAAGCUGCUUUAUGUACUUUCCAUAGGCAGAUGCAAAGGAAGGAAAAGGUUGACGCUUGAAGACUCAUGCAGCUGUUUCUAAUCAAACGAUAGCCUUAUUGCACUUUUAUGUACAGAAUGUCACACUUUAAUCAGAACAGCAGGAUAUUUAUUUAUUCUACAAAUCGUCCGAGUCUGAAAGAAGUUCAAAUCAGAAAGAAAUCCAUCCGGCACUUUUGGCUUUACCAAUAGUGAAACGAUUAUUACACUGUAUUCACUGUGAAGAAUGUUUCAGAGAUGUCUCUUAGAGUAAUUGUUACGUUUUUCUUUGGAUGUUUAUGAAGGCUUAAAGUAAUGUACUCAAAUGAAGAUCUUUAUUUGUGGUUUACACCAAUGGUGAUUUGUUUUAGCGCACACACACACACACACACACAUUAAUAAAAUGCUACUGGGGAAAUGAUGUAGUUUUGUUUAGCUAUGUAUGUUGUAGGAGUUAUCAUCCAUAAGAAGUUCACUACAGCUCAAAUCCAUCCUCUCAUCCAUCUCUCCGUCCAUUCAUCCUUCCUUCCUUCCUUGAGCAUAAAGUGCUUUAAUUUUUCAUAACUGUGCUUCCUUGCUGAAUCAUGUAAUGGUAGAUCUGCUCAUCUUUUUCAAAAUGAUUCUGUCUUAACUGGUGCAAUAAAUCAUUGGGAUUUUUUUCUUUGGGGAAGAUGAGAACAGACUUGAAAUAUUGUGUCAAAAGGAAGAAUAUAGUGGUUUUUAUAAUUGCAGUUUUGUUUUACAAUGAGGAGUGAUGUAAAUGAUAAUAAACUAAAUGGUACUAAAGCAAA